CUAGCCGAAAACCCUAGGAGCAGAGCAGGAGCGAGCUAAAACAAGCAAAAAUGAAGUAUAAUCCCCGCGUCACCAGCUCCCGCCGGAAGAACCGCAAGGCUCACUUCACGGCGCCGUCUAGCGUGCGCCGCGUGCUGAUGAGUGCGCCUCUCUCCACCGACCUCCGCUCCAAGUACAACGUCCGAUCGAUGCCGGUGCGCAAGGACGACGAGGUCCAGGUCGUGCGUGGGACCUAUAAGGGCCGCGAGGGCAAGGUCGUGCAGGUGUACCGCCGCAAGUGGGUCAUCCACAUCGAGCGGAUCACCCGGGAGAAGGUGAACGGGUCCACCGUCAAUGUUGGCAUCAACCCCUCCAAGGUCGUCAUCACCAAGCUCCGCCUCGACAAGGACCGCAAGUCUCUGCUCGACCGCAAGGCCAAGGGCCGAGCCGCCGCUGACAAGGACAAGGGCACCAAGUUCACCGCAGAGGAUAUCAUGCAGAACGUCGAUUGAUUUCGAUCGAUUUCAUUUGGGUUCGUGUUUUUGUUAUUGAAAUGAAAUUAGCGACUGUCAAGUUAAGCACUUUAAUUUUGAUUAUGCUUUAAUGGAUUUGGCGUUUAAUCUGAUCUUCGAUUUGAGACAUGAACGGAUUUGUGCUGUUUUUGAUAAGAUAUAUUAUAUUUUGAAGUUCUUGGCAA